GCCAAGAAAUCCCGAAAGCUCAUGGGUCGUGAUAUUCGUGACACCGUUCCCGGAUUUUCCGUCAUCGCGUCGAAUUCCCGUUAGAGAAAUUUCCUUUCGCCGUGGAGGACGAUUAACGUUCGCACAGCUCGGACAGCACUACGCCUCCAUUACGCUCCAUUAGAUUUAGAUAAAGAAAAAUACAUUAUAAACGCAUAAAAGAUUGUCAGAUGUAUCCUUCGUAACUUUCUCAACUUAACCUUCAAACGUGAAAUUCUCUUUGGUUAGGCGAUUACACCAAUUUUCUAUCACGGCUCUUUCACGGUCGAUAGAACGCGCGGAAGGAUGCCGGCGCCAAAUUCCAUCAGCGUAGCCGUAAUAUGUUCCAGUAAUAUGAAUAGAAGCAUGGAGGCUCAUGCUUUUUUGAGCAAAAAGGGAUUUAAUGUGAAAUCAUUUGGAACUGGCGACAAGGUCAAACUACCCGGCACUGCACCAGACCGCCCUAAUAUCUACGACUUUGGAACUUCGUACGACGAAAUUUACAAUGAUCUGUUGAUGAAAGACAAGCAAUAUUAUACACAGAAUGGUUUAUUGCAUAUGUUGGAUCGGAACCGUCGGAUAAAACCUAGGCCAGAACGAUUUCAAUUGUCCAAGGAUAAGUUUGAUAUUUUAAUUACGUGCGAGGAACGUGUGUACGAUCAAGUGAUCGAAUGCAUGGAAUCUAGAACUAAGGAAGAUAAUCAACCUGUGCACUUGAUCAAUAUUGACAUUCAAGAUAAUCAUGAAGAGGCUACAUUGGCGAAUAGCGAAGACCUAGACAAUGAUAUAGAUGAACUACUCCACGACUUUGAAUCUAAGUUUGCAAGAACAAUAUUGCAUACUGUGUUAUUUUACUGAAAAUCCGUCGCCGAUGAAAAAUCAUGAGGGAGCUGGUGUUUAUCAAACUUGAAAAUUAUUUAUAACGAAAGUUAAAGUUAUUAUGUAUUAUUUACUGCACACACACAAACACAGACAUAUGUAUCUAUAUGUAUGUAUGUACGUAUGUAUAUUCAUCCACCGAAUCAUGUGGACUGAAUUUUGACUCGAACGGAGAAAUCCACUUGUGCUUCCUACUUAACGAUUAUUCCCAUGGAAUCUAACUAAUAUGGUCCAUUGUUGAAGUUGAUAUUCUAGUUGAUUAUGAGAUUCACAUCGCAUCAUGAUUAAACAGAAUGUAGAAUGAUAUAAAACUUUAGAUACAAAACAAAGAUAUUGGGAAUGAAAUAUAAUAAAUGCGGAGGGUAUAAAGU